AUGACAGAUCACGAUGCAAUUGUUUUUCGUUCAGCUGACCCGUUCGCAGAUGUAACUGGUCUAAGUACAUCGGAUACUGGAGCUAGUGCUCAACGUAGCUCCAAUAUAAUUCAUAUUCGGAUUCAGCAACGAAAUGGAAAAAAAACUUUAACAACCGUUCAAGGAAUUGGUGACGAGUUCGAUAAAAAACGUCUUUUACGUGAAUUUAAAAAGCAAUUUGCUUGUAACGGCACUGUCGUUGAACAUCAAGAAUAUGGUGAAGUAAUUCAACUUCAAGGUGAUCAACGUACGAAUGUAAGCCAAUUUCUCAAGAAAAUUGGCAUAUGUCAAGAUGAUCAAGUGAAAGUUCACGGCUUUUGA